GCCACAUAGGGUCGUAUAUGAGCUGACAUCUUUGGUGGAUCAAUGGCAGGAGCGGCGUGAUACUCUCAGCUGUUCCACAGGACGGUCUGUCGCUAUUGGUUGAGAACAUAAAGAGGAAGACCCACCUAGUGAUCGUAUUCUGAUUUUACAUCCUAAAACGAUAUUUGAAUCUCCGGGAGUCUAGUUAAACAAGAAGAAAGCAAGGUCGUGCGAUUUUUAAACCAGAAGAGGCAAGAUGGAUGUUUUAAUGAAGGGGUUUUCCAAGGCUAAAGAGGGGAUGGCAGCCGCCGCGGAGAAGACGAAGGAAGGGGUGGCGGUGGCGGCAGAGAAGACUAAGGAGGGGGUGAUGUUUGUAGGUAGCAUGACCAAAGACGGUGUUGCAACUGUGGCUGAAAAGACAAAAGAACAGGCCUCACAGUUAGGUGGUGCUGUCAUCUCUGGUGCUGGAAACAUAGCAGCAGCCACUGGACUGGUGAAGAAAGAGGAUUUCCCAGCUGACAUGAAGCCGGAGGAGCUGGGUCAGGAGGCCAUGGAGGAGAGCAUGGGAGAUCCCAUGAUGGAGGGGGAGUCGUAUGCUGAAACUCCACAGGAGCAGUACCAGGACUAUGAACCAGAAGCAUAAACGGCACAGUCCAGCUUUUGGUUGGCCAGCAGCACAGUAAACAUUAUAAUAAUAAAAGGACAAAUAACAAAACCGUCACCAUAACCCCUGUUGCAAAAAAUGUUUCCCAAGGAUUAUGUUCUUCCUGAAAGAAAAAAGAUCUUUUAAAUGAUAAUAUAUUGUAAUGAUAUAUUGUAAAUGUCACGUUUUUUCUGUAAUGUGUUUGGUCUAGUUCUUCACUGAAGACGUAUUCAGCCAGGUCUCAUUUCCUUGCUUCCCUCCCAAUGAAAUGAGACCUGAGGUUGGUUUGUGCUCCUUUGUGUACUUGUGUUUAUAUCUGUGAUAUCGAUGUUUCUUAUCUUCCAAUAAAAACCCCAGUGGACAGCAAAACUCCAUUUAUAAGUAUAUGAGAAGAGUAAUCCUCUAUAGCUGUGUAAAAUGCCUGUAAGUGGGUUCAUUUUCAUUUAAUAAUUAUACAAGUUGUUCAUUUGAUGUUGCACAUGCUAGAAUUUUAUACAUUGUAUCUUUACAGUUUCUUGUGAAAUCAUUCCAUUGAAGCAUCUGUUACACAUGGAUGAAAAACUAUAUAUGUAUAUAAAUGUAUGUGUGUGUGUGUGUGUGUGUGUGUGUGUGUGUGUGUGUGUACAUGUGUGAUUUUAAUACAGGUUAAAGUUGAUGUAGCUAAAUGUGUUUUAAAGUAAUACUGAGUGUUAGUAAAAUGUGAUUUACAAUGCAAGAACUGUCAGCAUUAUGGUCUAUAUGUCAGGCAAGACAGAGGUAUCAAAUGUAAAUAAUAAAGAUUGAAAACAAUUUGUGUUUUAA